UCCUCAUCAGGGACAGGCAGGGGCUUUCCGUCUGCUUUGGCUUCUCUUUGUGCUUAUUGAAUGGACAAGAUCCUGAGAGUCCCAGAUCCUCACAAGGGAGCUACAAAGGCUGAGUUUUCUGAACAAGCACUGAUGUAAGGCACUGGGCAUUUUGACAGAGAAGAAAACCUGCUGGUUCUGUUGGUUACAGCAGCUGGGAUUUGGGCCCUAAGGUGAAAGACGCUUGGUGAAGGCACUUGCAAGUCGUUCAGCCCUGUUUCUUACUAAGUUGCUGCAGCUUCAACGGCUCUCGGCUCCUCCUGCUGACGCCAUCUUCCAGUUCCCUGGCAUCUGGACACUCAUGAGAACCCACUGCCUUCCUCUUUCAUACCUUCAUGUCUUCACAAACCAGGCUGAGUUGAAGAGCCCCCUUAUUUACCGUGAGCCGAGAGCGAUGAACAGCCUGGGCAAUAAAAGGACAACAAAAGAAAAAUCCAGUGACUUGAAAUUCCAGAACUCCACUCUGCCAAAAAACAGGUCAUGGCCUCACCUCCACAGGACCACAGCCCAGGACCAGGCUAUCUGCGAGCCUCUUCCCCGCUGGGAAAGGAAAUUCGCUGCAGCCCCGGAUGUGACAGAAUACCACAGCGAGGAUGAGUAUGAGGACCCCGAGCUCCAGAUGGUGGACGUGUGGCCAUCAUUGAAAAUCCUGCCCGCCAGGCCUAUCAAGGAGUCCGAGUAUGCAGAACAGUUUUGUAGAAGAUCACGUGAAGGGAACAUUGAGCUUCCACUAGAGGACCUGGCACCGAGACAAAGCCCCGAACGGUCAGCUGUCACUCUCACGAUGAGGCCCUUCCUGAGCCCUGGGAGCAUGGCAGAAGAUACGCGCUGCUUCAAGCGUGUGAUGGACACUUCUCCUCCGAUUCACGCCAAGGCCUCUUUGCCCUCUCUGGGGCCAUCCUGGAACAUGUGGACGAGGCUGGAAGAAGUAGACAAAGCCGUUUCCAAGGACAUGAGAAGACACCACACCAGAGAGAACAAAUCCAUAAAGGGAAACAAGACUCCUUUGCCGCCUCCUAGGCCUCCCGCCACUCUCCCGAAGCAGCACCAGCCCCUGCCCCCGGCACCGGCACCAGAGAACAGUGCACCUCUCCCCCAGAGACACACCUCUCCAGAAGCCCAGGGAGGGCUCAGACAGAUAAGCUUAAAGGACUUAAGUGGGGUCCUUGAAGCAGAAGAAGUUUCCCAUGACAAGAUGAGGCCAGCAUCAUCCCAGCCAUCGCAGAGCCGAAACACGCGGAAGAUUCCUCUUGCCCUGACCAGCUCUUCAUUUGUGCGAAGCCACAACAAUCUGCAAGACAGAGGUGAUGAGGACAGCAUGCAGGCCUGCUCUGCCCAGAGGUGCCAGUCCCCUGCCAGCCACGGCCCUCCUGGAAACACACUGCCCCAUCCGGACACAAGCUGGAGAGAACCUUUUCCAGCCCCAUCUGAUGAAAAGGAAGUCCGGCACAACGAGUGGUACGUUGGACAGUACAGUCGCCAGGCCGUAGAAGAGGCGUUAAUGAAGGAGAACAAGGAUGGUACCUUCUUGGUCCGAGACCAUUCCACAAAAUCCAAGGCAGAGCCCUAUGUUCUGGUGGUGUUUUAUGGGAACAAAGUCUACAAUGUGAAAAUCCGCUUCCUGGAGAAGAGUCAGCAGUUCGCACUGGGGACCGGGCUCCGAGGAGAUGAGAAGUUUGAUUCCGUGGAAGACAUCAUUGAAUACUACCAGUAUUUUCCUAUUACACUCAUUGAUGGCAAAGAUAAAACCGGAGCCCACAGGGAGCAGUGCUACCUCACCCAGCCGCUGACCCUCGCUGGACACUUCCCGCCUGGCUAGCCUGGUGCUUCUUCCUCCUUGUUCAUUGAAGUCAAUCUGUGUGUCGUUUUGCAUUUAUGUCAAAAGAUUAUUUUUUUGUGUAUUUAGGGAUGACUUUUUUGACUUUGUAAAAAAGAAAGUAAACGUUCUAUGAUGGAUGGAAAUUGGAAAGAUCAAACAUGAUUUUGAAAGUUGAAACAGAAAUAUGUAUAACAUGCAAGAGGAUAAAAACCAGGCUCUUACAAGUAUUUUCUAAACAAAAACAGCAACAAUAAAAAACAGGGUAUUAUGCUCAUGUUGCAGCAAAGAUUGCAAGAAGGUAUUGCUUAAAGACUUGCAGCUGGCCGGAGCAUGACUAGAUGAAAUGAGGUUCCCAAACAUGCCUCUCCACAGGGCGCUGAGCUGGCUUUUGUCCCAGAAUUGCUUGGAGUUCGCACAUUUACAAUGUUCGGACAAUUCUUUAUGCUAAAAACGUUGGGGAAUGCUAGUUCUACUUUAUUAUUAAUCCAGAAAAUUCUUUUAUAGGGAUAAAAUAUGAUAUGAGAAACAAGAGCACUUGUGAUUAUCAGCUGAAGGACAGAAACUGCAAACAUUUUGACUAUGGUGUGAAACGUCCACAGGGCCAGUGCCUAGCAGGCUCUGUUUACCAUAACUCUGAGACAAAUAGAACUAGUAAAUUCAUAGUAAGGAGCUCAGACCACAUCCCAUUCCAACCUUAAGGUGAGCAUAUAUCUGAGUGAAAAAAGAAAUGUUUUUAAACAAAUCCAAUAAUGGUUCAAAGAUACGGAAUCACUGUCCUCAAAUUAGUGCCGAUUCAUGCAGUGACAUUGCAUAUCAAGACAUUGUCUCCUCUCAAGACAAACAGGAUUUAAUGUGAUUCCUGUUUUGCAAUACAGAUGAGGGAGUGAAGGUUCAAAGAGGUUAUUGAUCUCCCUCAAUAUAAGGAUGAGCCCAGUGGGGUGUAGUGGAGCACACCUGUAAUCCCAGUGGCUCCAGAGGCUGAGGCAGGUGGAUCACAAGUUCAAAGCCAGCCUCAGCAACUUAGCAAAGUCCUAAGCAACUUAGUGAGACCCUGCCUCAAAAAUUAAAAAAGACCCUGGGGAUGUGGCUCAGGGUUCAAUCCCUGGUACAAAAAAAAAAAAAAAUCAGUCCAUAAAAGGGAAAAAAAAAAUUAAAUACAGUUAUCUUAAAACAAAGAAAUUCUUGAAGUAAGUUUUUAAAAAGGUACUUUGAAAUCAAGGGAACACCAUGACCUCAAAGUGUAAAUGUAAACUUCAUGGGGUGUUCAUGGAACGGGAGCUCUAAUGCAGAAGUAAAACCAAAUGGGACUCAAAGGCAAUAGAAUCCUGUGAAAGCAAUGUCCAGGGAAGUCUCUUCCCUAAACAGUAGGCAAAGAGCUCUCUGGGAAGAGCUCGGCGUCCACCCAGACACUAACUCAGGUGCUCACCCUUACGAGGGCCUGGAAGUGAUGUGUCCAAGCUCCAUCAGGAACGUGCAAUGAGGAAGCUCCCGGUGGAGGUCCGUGAAGGGCAGAACAGAGAGACAGGGAGACCCCUGUGGCUGCUGCUCAGGAGGCAGAGAGGGAGAGAGCAAGUGCAGGAGAAGCAGAGCAAGACUGAGCAGCAGGUCACGGGCUCUUGGCCAGCCGUGGCUCCACCCAUGCCAAAGGCUGCCUAUGAAGCAGAGCAUCGCACGGGCAGAAGUGGCCGGGGCUCCGUGCCUCCCCAUGCCAUCUCUGCCCAGUUCCCUGGAAGGAAACAGACCUCCAGGUCCUGUGGCAGACCAGAGGGGCCACUCAGGGAGGCUGUCAGAUUGUAACUCUUUUUGAUUCUGACAACCGACAGUUCUCUAAGGAGGACAGGGCAGAUAUUCCUAACAGGUUUUAUAAUUGAGGAAAUUGUCCUUCCUUGGCCAAAAUCUUACAAUGAUAUAGUUGUGACUGGAGCCAAGGUUCUCAUAGGUGAUUCUGUUCAUUUUGCCUGCUUUAUUGGUUUUUGGAAAUUCAAUAUAUGGGCUUGGCAUGUCCACAUUCCAGUAUUUAACCCUCUUCAACCCUGACUCAUUUUCAGUGUAAAUGAUACUCAGCCUCAGUAGAGCAGUAGGAUUGAGGCUGUGUCUGAGUAUAGCAUCGGUGCAGUUGCUGUUUCUUUCAGACUAAAUAAUCCCCAUUCUGAACCUUUCUCUCUGUCACCUUGGUGAAGAAUUGUCGCAGCACUGAUUUGCAUACCACAUGUGUGUUCUCUGGGAGGCACUACUGUGGAGUUGGAAACAAAGGUGUGAAUAAGUGAUUCCAGGCAACAAGUGUGCAAAUAAAUAAGUCAAAUCCAAACUGG